GCCGCCUUCCUCCUGCUCGCGGCAGGCCUGGAGCCGGGACAACCCGGGCUUCGAGCCGGAGGAGGCGGCGGGGCCGGUGCUGCAGAUGGAGAUGGACGUGGAGUGGGGCAGCCGCGGGGCCGGCUCCUCCUCCGGCGCCAGCAGCGCCCGGGGCCCGGCCGGGGAGCCUGACAGCGGCCGGCGGCGGCGCCGGCGGGGGGAACGCGGCGUGGGGGCGGCUCCGUGUCCCAGCCCCGCCGGGGGGGACCCGCUGGCCCCACACCUGCCCCCGGACGGGGCCCCUCCGUCCCAUCGCACCGCAUGGGCCAAGAGGCUGGCGCGCCGCUUGCGAGGUCUGUGGGGUACAAGAUUGAUGGAAGAAAACACUAGCAGAGAGAGGUACCUGAAAAGUGUUUUACGAGAACUGAUCACAUAUGUGAUUUUCCUUGUGGUCUUGUGUGUCUUGACUUAUGGGAUGGUGAGUUCCAGUAUGUACUAUUACACUAGGGUAAUGUCACAGCUCUUCCUGGAAACGCCUUUAUCGAAAAUGGAGAAAAACAAUUUCAAAACCUUAUCCACCAUGGAGGACUUCUGGAAGUUCACAGAAGGCCCUUUGCUGGAUGGUCUGUACUGGGAGAUGUGGUACAACAAUAAAACCAUGGCAGAAAACAAAAGUUUCAUUUAUUACGAGAAUCUGCUUUUGGGGGUGCCUCGUGUUCGGCAGGUGAAAGUGAGAAAUGGGUCAUGCUCAAUACCUGAGGAUUUAAAAGAUGAAAUUAAAGAAUGCUAUGACGUUUAUUCUGUUGCUAAUGAAGAUACUGCUCCUUUUGGGCUCCGGAAUGGAACAGCUUGGACUUACACCAAUGAACAAGAUUUGAAUGGGAGCAGCCACUGGGGGUUGAUUGCCUCAUACAGUGGGGCUGGUUAUUAUCAGGAUCUGUCACGAAGCAGAGAGGAGACAGCCGCACAGAUUGCUAACCUUAAGAAACACUUGUGGCUGGAUAGAGGGACCAGAGCAGCCUUUAUUGAUUUCUCUGUGUACAAUGCGAACAUCAAUCUAUUCUGUAUUGUCAGGUUAUUAGUGGAGUUUCCAGCAACUGGAGGCCUCAUUACAUCUUGGCAGUUUCAGCCAGUGAAGCUUAUCCACUACAUUUCUACUUUUGAUUUCUUCCUGGCAGCCUGUGAAAUAGCCUUUUGUCUCUUUACCCUUUAUUAUAUUGUAGAAGAGAUCUUGGAAAUUCGCAUCCAUAAACUGCAUUACUUCAGGAGUCUCUGGAAUUGUCUUGAUAUCCUCAUCAUUGUGCUAUCAGUAGCAGCUAUAGGAAUUAACAUGUAUAGAAGGUCAACAGUGGACAUGUUACUGAAGAAGCAGCUGGAAGAUCAAAACGCUUUCCCCAAUUUUGAACCUUUGGCAUACUGGCAAAUACAAUUCAACAACAUUGCUGCUGUCACUGUGUUUUUUGUCUGGAUUAAGCUCUUCAAAUUUGUCAGCUUCAACAGAACAAUGAACCAGUUAUCCACCACCAUGUCUCGCUGUGCCAAAGAUGUCAUUGGCUUUGCUAUUAUGUUUUUCAUUAUUUUCUUAGCAUAUGCUCAGCUGGCUUACCUUGUGUUUGGCACUCAAGUUGAUGACUUCAGCACUUUCCAAGAGUGUGUCUUUACUCAGUUCCGCAUCAUUUUGGGAGACUUUAACUUUACAGAGAUUGAAGAAGCUAACAGAAUUUUGGGACCAAUUUAUUUCACUACUUUUGUGUUCUUUAUGUUCUUCAUUCUUUUGGGAUACAAUAAAGCCAUGAUUAAACUUAAAUUGAAAAAAACUACUGUUGAUGACAUUUCAGAGAACUUGCGACAAGGUGGGGGAAAGUUAAACUUUGAUGAACUACGACAGGAUCUCAAGGGGAAGGGUCACACGGAUGCAGAGAUUGAAGCAAUAUUUACUAAGUAUGACCAGGAUGGGGAUCAGGAAUUGACAGAACACGAACAUCAGCAAAUGAGAGAUGAUCUAGAGAAAGAAAGGGAGGAUUUGGAUCUGGACAGGAGCUCUCUACCACGUCCAAUGAGUGGUCGAAGCUUCCCUCGCAGUCUGGAUGACUCUGAAGAGGACGAUGAUGAGGACAGUGGACACAGCUCUAGAAGAAGAGGUAGCAGCUCUAGUGGGGUUUCAUAUGAAGAGUUCCAAGUGUUGGUGAGACGAGUGGAUCGCAUGGAACAUUCCAUAGGCAGUAUUGUUUCCAAAAUUGAUGCUGUUAUUGUAAAGCUUGAGGCAAUGGAGCGGGCUAAACUGAAAAGGAGAGAUGUGUUGGGAAGACUGCUAGAUGGAGUUACAGAGGAUGAAAGAUUGGGACGUGACAAUGAAAUCCACAGGGAACAAAUGGAGAGGUUAGUGCGGGAGGAACUGGAGCGUUGGGAAUCGGAUGACACAGCUUCCCAAAUGAGCCACCGCUUGGGAACGCCACUUGGACUGAAUAGCCAGCCUCGUUCUAGGAAUUCCCGUCCAUCCUCCUCUCAGUCAACAGAAGGCAUUGAUGGAAGUGGAGGAGGGAAUGGCGGGAGCAACAUCCAUGUGUAAUAUUAUUAGUCAAUGGGUUGUUUUAAAAUUUCAAUCCUGUAUUAUAACAGCAAAUACGCUAUUUACUAUUUUGUUUUCCAAAAACAGUGAUGAAUGUUAAAGCUCCCAGUGUCCCAUCUGGGGAUUGAUCAGUAGGCCAUAGGGACAUCUAAUCUACAACCACUGUGUCAGCAGCUGACAGAUGUAAAGUUGGCAUUACCUACUCACCCCACUAAAUAGGGUGAUAUUCCCAUUGCCACCUACACUGGCUUUAGGCCCAUAAUCCACCAGUAGCAUUGCUUCAAGUGGCUGCACUUAUAGGAUCUGUGCCAGAGGGUUUUACAGUUUUCCUGUCUUCAUUCAGUAAAUGCAGCUGUUGUUUUUUUCCUAAGUACUCCCAUCUUAAUGCUUGCUAUGCAGCAGGAGCUCAUUUUGGUUAUGUAAAAUAGGACUGUAAGAAUCUACUUUCCCAUUAGAUAAUGCUGGAAAUUAGUUUCAAAGUUGUUGUGAAGUAAAUCUCUUCUAAAAGUUUUGAUUAAUAGUUAGCCAAAAAUGCAUUUAACUUCUCAACUCAAAUGCUUAGAUUUCCAGUGCUUUAUAAUGGGAAAUAUUAUUCUUAAAUUCCUAUUCUAAAAUGUAUUAAUAAGGUGACUUCCUAUAUAGUUAUUCCUGUUAAUUAUAUUCAACACAAAUUACAAACAAGUAACACAAUCUUCUUCUUAUUCUGGAGUUUUCCUUUAGUGUGCUAAGAUUUUCUUUAAUUUAUUUUAAAGGCACAUUCCCUAUGUAUCAGUGCACUAUUGCCUUUUUCCUCUGACAGAAGGUCGUGUUUAGUUCAUUUUUAUUAUGAAGUAGAUGCAUAUGCAUAUGCAAGAAGCAUAUGAAUAGUGCAUAUCAGUGCACUAUUGCCAGAGGAAAAAGGCAAUAGUGCACUGAUACAUAGGGAAUGUUACUUCAUAUAUUUAGUACUUCAUAUAUUUUAGUGUUUUAAAAGUAGUUCUUUGGGAACUUCUUUACACAUAAAAGAGACAAAGUGGGUACGGUAAUAUCUUUUAUUGGAUCAAUUUCUAUUUACACAUAACUAAUGUGAUCAUUGUUGUCUUUGUGUCUGUCCAUAGCUGGCUUUUAGGGCCAAAUUUUCAAAAAGGAAGACCUCUGAGCUCUGCAUCCAAAACUGCACCUACCCUUUCUACAAUUCAUGCAGAAAUUAGGUAAACAUUAGAUAAGUUGUGAAAAACAUCAAUUAAUCUUGGGGGAUGCAAGGGGAGAGAGAAAUUGACAUUUUGAACAUUUCUGAUUAGCUCUAGCAAGUUUUCAUUCCAAUUCAAAGGCAAGGGCCUAAUUAGUUUCUUAUGUAUGCACUGACCUGCAUGAGCAAUUGGAGGUAUAUUUCUGCAUGUACACGUUUUUCUGUAGGGAACUACGCUACAUCCUUUUGAAAUUGUAGUCUUUAGUAUAAUCAGCACUUUUUAGUACAAGGCUUGCUGGAUUUGAGACUGCAGUAGAGCUUUGAAGCAGCAACAGCCCUGAUAGUGAUUUGAGUUUGGUGUACAGAAAAUUAGAGGCAAAUAUGUACUAUUUUUGAUAGUAGUAUAUAUUUAGAUCUAGUAAAAUGUGGGAGUCUUCACUUAAGCUGACAGUUGCCUUAAGACUAACUGUAGGUUUAAAGGGAAAUGGAAAACUUAAUAUUCAGAUGAAGUACACAGUAUUCUAAGUGCGUAGAUUUGUAGGGUGUAAGAAGGAAAAUGUCCAUGCUUUUUUAUUGAUGCUGGUGGCUUUCAUGUUGUGCUUAUUAUAGGAAUUGCUUCCUGUAAUUAACCUUAAGUACCUUAUAUUUUUGUGUUAGUAUUUUUGGUUUAGUAUUGAAUCAAAUACACCUCCAAAUAUUGCAGUUUUCCCAUAUCUAUAUAUACCAGCACUUGUUGUCAUGUUACGGUGUCAUCCAAGACACAUUCCAUAUGACCAGAGCACUAGUCCUUGAUAAAAACAAAACUUUUCUUAUGUUAAAUUUACAAGAAAGUGCAUGUUCAGUAACUUACUCAUCUUAGAUGAAGGGACUUCUCCCCUACUGAGAGCUGAAAUUUCCCAACAGACUAUCGGUCAAGCUCCACCACUGCCAAGUGGAUAAGAAAUUAAUCCAAAUAGUUAAGGUUAGGAUUUUAUCACAGUUAUUUUUAGUAAAAGUUAGGGAUAAGUCACUGGCAAUAAACAAAAAUUCACUGAAGCCCCUGACUUUUACUAAAAAUAACUGACAAAAUGGGGCUGACAGGGGGAUGAAAGCCUGAGUCCCGCUGCAGGAGGGGAGGAGAGGUCUAGCACCUGCUGCCACUGUGGCUCACACUCUGGGGUCCCCCCCCCACUGCCUGUGGAAGCUGGAAGUUGUAUGGUGGGCCCUCCUAAGCCCACAGCGGCUCAGAGCACCAGGGUCCCUGAUAGCUUCAGUCCUGCCUCCAUGGGGCUGAAGCGGAAAGUGUCAUGGAGGUCUCUGAAAGUCAUGGAAUCCUGGACUUCCGUGACAUAAUCUAAGCCUUAAUAAUAGUAUACAAAACCUUCUGUUACAUUACUGUGUAGGAGGUAUAUUUCAAGGGGUCAGUUGGCUAAUGGUUUGGCAUACGGUAAGAUUGUUUUUGUAAGCUCUAAAAAAUUAGCAUUUGGUCUGUUGGGGCAUAGGAAUAUCAAAAUGCCAGAUACAGUAUUAUAUGUCAUGUAGUUAAAGUUUAAAACCAAUCAUCUGACCAAACACUUUGACUUCACAGUUAAAGUGAUCUUUUGUUAUAAAGACAAGACAUGUUGGAUGUUGCUGCAAUAUCAUGCUGCAGAACUAAGGAAAUUUGCAUUUGUGAAGUUGUCUUUUCAAAACACUACAGCUAUCACUGUGGCUUUAAAUGUGUCCUAAAAUUGUACCUUUCUCUAAACUAAUAUCGAACAAAGCUUUUCUUUUAUUAGUAUGUUAAUUAUGAAAACCAAAAUGUUUGCAUUCAUAGCUAUAUUUGUUCAUCUGUAUAUCUGUAACGUGUCGUUACUUAAUAACAAACUUCAUUUUGAAGUGCAGUAAGUUUUCAUGGGCUAUCCAUGUGUGUUGACAAUGUGCCAUGCAAGAGGUACAUGGCAACUAGACAAAUGUGUUAUACAUUUUUUAUUAUGGUUUCAUUUUAAGUUUAGAUUCUCUUGUAACUGUUACUUUGUUUCUAGGGUAAAGGGUUUCUUCUAAGUAAGUGUAAAGUUUUGCAUUAGCAUUUGGUCUUAUUAGGAAGCUGUUAAUUAUGCAAGUCUUCCACAGUUAUCAAAGAUUUAUUGGUCUAUAAUACUGAGCACUUUACUUCCUAAUAAAGAUUUUACAUAUGAAAAUCA